GACCUCCAGCGCCUGGUAGGGAGGCCUCUUCCCUUCCUGACCUCCAGGGAGCGGCUGCCAUGUCCCACCGGAAGUUCUCCGCCCCUCGGCAUGGACACCUGGGCUUCCUGCCCCACAAGAGGAGCCGCCGGCACCGGGGCAAAGUGAAGACGUGGCCGCGGGAUGACCCCAGCCAGCCCGUGCACCUCACGGCUUUCCUGGGCUACAAGGCCGGCAUGACACACACUCUGCGGGAAGUGCACCGGCCAGGGCUCAAAAUUUCCAAGCGGGAGGAGGUGGAGGCAGUGACGAUUGUGGAGACGCCGCCUCUGGUGGUGGUGGGCAUCGUGGGCUAUGUGGCUACCCCUCGAGGCCUGCGGAGCUUCAAGACCAUCUUUGCAGAACACCUCAGCGACGAGUGCCGACGCCGCUUCUACAAGGACUGGCACAAGAGCAAGAAGAAGGCCUUCACCAAGGCCUGCAAGCGGUGGCACGGCAGUGGCGGCAAGAAGCAGCUCCAGGAAGACUUCGCCGCCAUGAAGAAGCACUGCAAGGUCAUCCGGGUCAUUGUCCACACCCAGAUGAAGCUGCUGCCCUUCCGGCAGAAGAAGGCCCACAUCAUGGAGAUCCAGCUGAACGGCGGCACGGUGGCUGAGAAGGUGGCCUGGGCCCAGACCCAGCUGGAGAAGCAGGUGCCGGUGCACAGCGUUUUCAGCCAGAAUGAGGUCAUUGAUGUCAUUGCUGUCACCAAGGGCCGGGGUGUCAAAGGGGUCACGAGUCGCUGGCAUACCAAGAAGCUGCCUCGGAAGACCCACAAGGGGCUGCGCAAGGUGGCCUGCAUUGGUGCUUGGCACCCAGCCCGCGUGGGCUGCUCCAUCGCCCGGGCUGGGCAGAAGGGCUACCACCACCGCACGGAGCUCAACAAGAAGAUCUACCGCAUCGGCCGGGGGCUGCACAUGGAGGACGGGAAGGUGGUCAAGAGCAGUGCAUCCACCAGCUAUGACGUGACCGACAAGUCCAUCACACCGCUGGGCGGCUUUCCCCACUACGGGGAAGUCAACAACGACUUCGUCAUGCUGAAGGGUUGCAUCGCGGGCACCAAGAAGCGUGUCAUCACACUGAGGAAGUCCCUCCUGGUGCACCACAGCCGCCGGGCCCUGGAGAAUAUCGAACUCAAGUUCAUCGACACCACCUCCAAGUUCGGCCAUGGCCGCUUCCAGACAGCCCAAGAAAAGAGGGUCUUCAUGGGUCCCCAGAAGAAGCAUCUUGAGAAGGAAAAGCCGGAGACCUCAGGAGACUUGUAGGCGGCACUGGGAUGGAGGGAGCCCGAAAGACGAGCGGCGCGACCCCUGCCUGUCCCCCCUAAUAAAGGCCGGAGGCAACUCUU